AUGAGGCUAUUCCUACAAGGAUCAGGACUAAGCACGCCAUGGUCUGUGACACUCUGUGGAAGUGAAUGUUGGACUCUGAAGAAGCAAGAUAGGAAGAAUACUAUUGGCACCUCUAUAGUGUUAAAGAGGUGGGUUUGUAGUCGGCUCCACGAGCUUUGUCGACAGUGGUUGAAGCCAAAACAUCACACCAAAGCGGAGAUCUUGGAUCUGGUGGUGCUGCAGCAAUUCCUGACGAUCUUGCCCCCAGAGAUCGAGAGUUGGGUGAAGCAGUGUGGCGCAGACACCAGCUCGCAGGCAGUGGCCCUAGCCGAAGGCUUUCUCCUGAGCCAAGAGGAGGACAGGAAGCAGGAAGAUCAGAAGAUCCAUGUCGGUGAAGUAGCUCCACAGUGGAUCUUAGAAGGAGACCACCAAGAAGAUACAUCACUGGAGGCUGAGACACAGCAGAGUGAAUCUAAAGGAGAGCCAAGCAAUCUGUUUUUUGAAGGAAUCGAAAGUGAAGUAGAGAGAGAAAAGAAAAUAACAAACUCUGAAUUGGACAGUGAGGCCCGUGAAGGGCAAAUAGAGAAAACAGCAGGCAAAAACGAGUGUGUGGUGUGUGGGAAGAUCUCCAGUUGCAAAUCCUCCUUUUAUCUCCACAUGGGAUCCCACUCAGGGGAAAAACCGUUCCAGUGCCAAGUGUGUGGCAAGAGCUUCAAGCGGAGAGAUAUCCUGAUUUCCCAUCACCGAACUCACACCGGCGAGAAACCCUACAAAUGCUUCAAGUGCGGCAAGUGCUUCAGCGACAUCAAAUACCUCAGCUCCCAUAAAAGGAUCCACACGGGAGAAAAACCAUACAAAUGCAAGGAGUGCGGGAAAGGCUUCAGUCAGAGCGCCAGCCUCACUUCCCAUCUCCGGAUCCACACGGGGGAGAAGCCGUACCAAUGCCCGACCUGCAGGAAGGCGUUCGCUCAGCAGUCGAACCUCAACUCCCACCAGAUCAGUCACACCGGAGAGAAACCCUACGAAUGCCCGGAGUGCGGGAAGAGGUUCAGCCAUGGGGCAAGCCUCACCCACCAUCAGCAACUUCACACCGGGGAGAAGCCGUACGGAUGUCUCGAGUGCGGGAAGAGCUUCAGCAGUAGCAAAAAUCUCAUUUCCCAUCAAAGAAUCCACACCGGGGAGAAGCCGUACACUUGCUUGGAGUGCGGGAAGACCUUCAGCCAGAAGGUGUACCUCAUCACUCACGAAAGGAUCCACACGGGAGAGAAACCCUAUAAAUGCCUUGAAUGUGGGAAAUCCUUCACCAGCAGCAAAUACCUCCUUUCCCACCAGAAGAUUCACACCGGAGAGAAACCGUAUGCGUGCUUGGACUGCGGGAAGAGCUUUCGCCGGAAGUUGCAACUCGCCAUUCAUCGAAGGACUCACUGGUGAAUGCUCCUUGAGGGGAGAAGCGAAAGGGAUAGCAGUCAUCUCUUUGAGGUAUAGGCAGUCCUUGAUUUACGGCCAUGAUGGAGCCCAACAUUUAUGUGGCUAAGCAAAACAGUUGUA